AUGUCAUACUACUUCACCAUCCUCUCACCUACCGAUACGCCGAUAUUCAACAUCGCAUUUGGAACCUCCAAAGGCGGCGGCGAUGGCAUUGCCCGGUUCCGCUUCCCAGACACGGCACAGUACAUGAACCAAUUCAUCAUCCACUCUAGUCUGGAUAUAGUCGAAGAAGCGCAGUGGACCAAUGGUGGAAUGUACCUCAAACACAUCGACACCUACCCACCCGCGGCAGCCUACAUCUCCGCCUUUCUCACACCCAGCGGUGCCCGCUUCCUUCUCUUGCAUCAACCUCCGCAACUACCCUCCGGUAGCUCUAGCGGCCUUGGAUCAUCGUCACUCCUAGGUUCAUCUGCAUCCACUACGCGGGCCUCCUCGAGCUCCGUCGCCGCAAACCCGACGUCCCCUCAAACCGAGGAAGCGGUGCGCCAGUUCAUGAACGAGGUGUACGAGAGCUAUGUCAAGACAUCCAUGAGCCCGUUCUAUAAGCAGGGGAUGGAGAUCAAGAGUCCCGUAUUCAGGACGAAGGUUACAGGCGCCGGGAAGAAGUGGUUGUAA